AUGCCUAUGCUUAAUGUGACAGUGCCUUUGACGCCCGCCUACAACAGUGCCUACCAGCAAAUUGUCAUUAUCAAUCCGAGAAAUAUCAAUCUGUCGAUUGAUAUUCAACAAGGCAGUCAUACGUACACAAGUCCUUUCCAACAGGUUGGUAACCUGACACACUUCGCCGACCCGCGGCUGGAAGCCGCGAUUCGAAUUUCCUACUCUUAUGAUGCUGUUGGCGAGGUGCUGGAACUUUACGGCAAUGACUUUGAGUCAACUUCCGAUUCUACCUGCUUGCUAAGCAGGGCUGCGAGUACCAACGACGUGUGCCAACAGCAUACCUACCGAAGUGACAUCCGCCCUUCCGGCAGUAACCUGAACUGGACUUUUUCAGACCAAUACAGCCCGGGACUGCUGGAUGCACUACAACUCAGUAUUCGGGGUACCAAUGACCGCAUUCUUGCGGCAGCCAGAGGAGCCUUCCCCGUGGUCCGCGUCCAUACCCCACCACCGGCCCUUAAAACAGCCGAGGAUAUGAGGAACUGGACCACAAUGACCGCUACGGAUGGCACAGAUUUGGGACCUCAUGAUCCAACCAGAGAGUACCCUGAUGGCACAAAUAUGGUGAAUGUUCUUGAGUCGACCUGGGGCGGAGAGGUAACCUUCUCUGUCAACGAACAUAUAGCCAACGUGAUUGGUUCAACCCCGGACCCAAAAAUCCAAAACCUGCCGUGGAAGACGCUGUGGCAGGAUUAUUAUGGUUCGCCGGAUGAGUGCACCUCCCACGAUUGGGCGUCUGGCUCUAAAUACAAAUGCAAUGAUAGCAACUUGGCGAACAUAAUCGGGGGGCAUGUCAUCACGGGAAAGGUGGCUAAAUCUAUGCCCAAGGGGAGCAACGCUGUCUAUAUUAUUCCUAUUUGCAAGGCUCAUAAUGCCGAUGACAAUGUCUAUAUGCGAACAAAUGUCUAUACGGGUGGAAUUUGGCUCAAGAAUUACCUAGGUAAAUGA